CCUCUCAGCUCAGAGAGAGCCCUGAGAGCCCACAAGAGCAACUGUUAGAGCAGAGAUAGAGACAAACAAAUAGAUCUCACUAACAGAAAAAUCACAUUAAAAAGUAAAACGUCAAUUCAAAACAACAUUCAUCCAAGAAGGUAAAACCUGAUUGGAUAAGUAAUUUAUUACAAAAAUCAAAAUUAAUCAACAGAUUAAUUUUGAUGAAUCUUAGGGAAUGAGUAUAAAGGAGACGUUUGAUUUUUUCUGAAAAGACAAGUGGAUCUUUACUCAGCUCUAAGAGAAACAAGGAAAACAACAGGACAACUGGAGAACAAGAGUCACGGAGUAAAGCAGAAAGCUGCAUCUUGCUCGGCAUCUGAAGAAGUGUGCUGCGCUCCCCGAGCAGGGCUAAGUGAUUCCUUCUACCUGCGAGGCACUGCUCUUCCAACGUGCGCCCAGCCUCCCUGCACUCAACACCAGCCACCAGCGCAGCCUCAGCCCUGCAGCUUCAGCACCAGCACAGGAUGGCUGCAGCCAAGACUGAGAUGAUUCUCCCAGCCCUGCAGAACUCAGAGCCUCUGAGCUUUCCUCACUCCCCCAUGGAUAACUACCCCAAGCUGGAGGAGGUGAUGAUGCUCAGCUCUGCAGGGACCCCAUUCCUGACUGCGUCCGCACCAGAAGGUGCCGGCUUUGGCUCUGGAGAGCCAGGAGACCAGUAUGACCACCUUGCUGGAGAUACGUUACCUGAUAUCCCCUUCAACUGUGAGAAGCCAGUGGUGGAGCAGACUUACCCCACCCAAAGGCUGCCACCCAUCUCUUACACAGGCCGCUUCACCCUUGAGCCCGCCACCACCUGCAGCAAUAGCCUCUGGGCGGAGCCCAUCUUGGGCCUGUUCACUGGGCUGAUGAGCAAUGUCGCUCCCAGCUCCAGCUCUUCCUCCGCAGCCUCACAGACCACCUCAUCCUCCUCUUCUUCAGUCCCAGCUUCCUCGUCUUCCUCGCCUUCUUCUACCUCCUCGUCCUCAUCUCAAAACUCCAGCCUCAGCUCUUCAAUUCACCACAGUGAGCCCAACCCAAUCUACUCAGCUGCCCCAACCUACUCAAGCCCCAACUCCGAUAUCUUCCCAGACCAGGGCCAGGCUUUUCCCAGUUCAGCUGGAACAGUGCAGUACCCACCCCCUGCUUAUCCCAAUGGUAAGACCUGCAGCACAAGCUUCCCUGUGCCCAUGAUUCCUGACUACCUCUUCCCUCAGCAGCAGGGAGAGAUCAGCCUGGUCCCCCCUGACCAAAAGCCCUUCCAGAGUCAGUCAAGCCAGCCCUCCCUCACUCCUCUGUCUACCAUCAAGGCUUUUGCCACCCAGACUGGUUCCCAGGACUUAAAAAGUGUCUACCAGUCCCAGUUAAUCAAGCCCAGCCGCAUGCGCAAGUACCCCACCCGGCCGAGCAAGACACCACCCCACGAAAGGCCGUACGCUUGCCCUGUGGAGACCUGCGAUCGACGCUUUUCACGGUCUGAUGAGCUGACACGUCACAUCCGCAUCCACACUGGUCAGAAACCCUUCCAGUGUCGCAUCUGCAUGCGUAACUUCAGCCGCAGCGAUCACUUGACAACACACAUCCGCACUCACACUGGUGAGAAGCCCUUCGCCUGCGAGAUAUGCGGACGCAAAUUUGCCCGCAGCGACGAGAGGAAAAGACACACAAAGAUCCAUCUACGGCAGAAGGACAAGAAAGCAGAGAAGGCGGGAGCAGUGGUGGUAACAGCAGCGCCGGUGUCAGCAGCUUCACCUCCUUCCAGCUACCCCUCUCCCAUCACUUCCUAUCCUUCUCCAGUGUCUUCAUACCCCUCUCCAGUCACCUCCUGCUACUCAUCUCCUAUCCACACUUCCUACCCAUCUCCUUCCGUCGCCACGACCUACCCAUCAGUGUCCAUGUCCAGCACCUUCCAAUCCCAAGUUGCCUCCUCCUUCCCCUCAUCAGUGGCAUCCAACAUCUACAGCUCCCCCGUCCCCACCCCGCUCUCAGACAUGCAGACCACCCUUUCCCCAAGGACAAUUGAGAUCUGCUAAGAAUAAGCAAAGAGAAGAACUUUUUGCGUCUCUCUACACCUCUCUUUCCUUAAGGUUUUUUGAGGGGAAAGAAAUAAGCAUCAAAAGGACUUUGUUUUUCCCCUCCAAAAAGCACUUUUCUGCUCCCUGUGCAGUGUAAGGUGAAUCUUGAGAUUUACCUGAAAGAGAGAAAAAGACACAUGUCAAGGACUGGGCAAAGACAACAGAAGAUGAAAAGGGAAUUUUUUUUUCUGUCUCUGUAAAACAAAUGCAGCACUUCAAGUGCAUUUGGGACUCUGGAGAUAGAGAAACUGGCAUUGGCGAGUCUCUGUUAAAGGUACACACAAAACCAAGAGACAAACAGACUGCCUGCAGUUGCAGUUGCAGUCCUGAGGCAUGCUCGUCCUUGCAGGCAGUCGUACAGUACAAAAGACAUUGAAUGAUAUACAUAAGCUAUCAUAUAUGUAUAUUGUACAUGUGCCAUGUUUCGUUUUUAUCAUUCUUUGGUACCACUGAUGUGAACAGUUGUUUGCAUAUUUGCAUUGUAUUAUUUGAAGUGAGCAGGGCCAUAUUUUCUACAUACUUUCUCUAUUAUGUAGUGAUGAUGCUGUGAUACGUUUCGACAUUGUUUGAAAAAAAAAAAGCACUUAAGUAUUCAAGCAUGAGUAAGAGUGAUGUUAGUUUCUGUUUGUAAAUAUCAUCCACUGGUACUAUCUCUUUCUCUCUUUCUCACAUGUGACAUAUCACUCAGUUAUAUGGAAAAAGAGAAAAAAG